UUGGCUGCUCGAAAGAAGGCGCUCUUCAAGGCGGAUGGUUCCACUCUUGACUUGGUUGACUCGCCGAUCCGGCCGUAGCUCAGCCCCGCUUCCGCUACAGCCGCCCCUGUGGAUUGCAACCUCUGGCUCUGCUUUUUGAAAUCGUUUCGGGAUACGCGGCUCUCCCUGUGAAGAUAACGCCGAGCCUGGAGCGCCCCCGUCCCCCUCUCCCCCGGGCCAAGAAUCGCAGCUGGGAGGAGCAAAUUACGACCAUUUGAUCGCGGCAGGAAUUCGUUUGCAGGUUUAUCUUGAAAUGUACCAGUAGAAGAAAAAUGGGUUCCUUCAAAUGGGAUAUUCUCUCCUUUCUGAAAUUUUUUAGUCUAUGUAUAAUGCCUGAAUUUUUAUAUGCACAGAACACAUGUCCUGAAAUCUCGCAACAGCUUUUGAAAGAUGGCUUUCAUAGAGAUCUCUUGAUUAGGGUAGAUUUUGGUAUAGCUGAUGAAGACCUUAAAAGUUGCAAGCUGGCAAUUAAAGUACAUCUCCCAAGAGGAUUAUAUGUGGAUCCCUAUGAAUUGAAAUCUUUACAACAGCAUAAUCUCACUGAGGCACUGGUGAUUACAGAUGAAGUAGAUUUGGAAGUUCCUGAGUAUUUAGCAACUGAUUCUUCUGUCCUCAUUUACAUGAGACCUGAUCCUAAGUGCAUUACCUGUUUUAAAGCAUUAUUACCACUGCACUGCCGGUAUUACCGUCCCUCAGAAAGUGAUGGAAAAAUCCUUGUUGUCUUGCAAAGUCCAGAAAUAAUGAUCCAUUGCCAAAAAUCUUUUUUUUCAGUGAACUGCCUGAAAGAAACUGAAAUAGAAGCUCCAUGUUCUCAGAAUAAUCUAGAUGUAUGCUAUUGGAAGAGCAUGAAAUAUAAAAUGCUAAGUAAAGAAUUGGAACUGCAGGUACCAGUUGGACUCAAACAUCACUUUGCCUUGGUUUGUGCAAUAACACUUAUUACCACAGGACUAUGUUCCAGUUUUAUCCUUUCAGCUUUAUGCAAAUAUGGGCCCAUACAUUGCUCAAUGUGAUAUUAAACAAGCUUUUAUUAUUGAAAUCAUGGAAAGGCUGUCAAUCUGUCCAAACUAGAGAUAAGAAAAGAGCAAACUUGAUCAUAUACCAAAAGCUGGGAUUGAUGCUUGGUGAUAAAUAACUUGCCCCUUUUCAGGAUGCAACUUGGCCUUUUGGCUCUCUCAACAGCUCAUUCAUCACUAUUGUAAUCAAGUUCUCCUCUCCUCCACCUUUCCCAACUUUAUGGACAAAGUUUGGCUUCAUUUAAUAUGACCAAAUUAUAAUUUGAGCUUGGUCAUUUGAGUUUGGCUCUUUUGUUCUAUUCAUUUGUUUCCUUGGCUGUACAGAUAGUCCCCUUCUUACAACAGUUC